AAAAAGACCAAAAACAGCGCAUGGUUCUAAUCCAGGAGUUAGAGAUGCUUAGAAAAGUUGGCCGCCACAAAAAUAUUGUGAGCUUGGUUGGAGCAUGCUCAUUUGAAGAACCCUUAUGUGUGAUUAUUGAGUUCGUACCAGGUGGAAGUCUGGAUCAGAUGUUGGUUGAGAGCCGUAUUCCCGCUCGCACAGAGGAUGCAAAUUAUGCAAACCUUUGGUCCAGACUGUCCGAGAGAAAUUUGUUAAGAAUCGCCAAAGAUGUCGCAAAUGGAAUGCAGCACCUUGAAAGCAAGCUGUGUGUUCACAGAGACCUGGCCGCCCGAAACAUUUUGAUUGGAGAAGGACUGGUAGCCAAGGUAGCAGAUUUUGGAUUGUCACGUGAUAUUUCAGAGGAUGGAGAGUACAUUAAAUGCACAGAGGGUAGAGUUCCAUGGUUGUGGAUGUCGAUGGAAAGUCUCAAGGGAAUCAACACCACGAUGUCUGAUGUUUGGUCCUUCGGCGUCGUCCUGUGGGAAAUAGUCACUCUCGGCGAGCGACCUUACUAUGGAGUUACAGGCAUUGUGGAACUUUACACCGUGUUGCAGGAUGGUGUCAGACUCGAGAAACCACCGCACUGCUCUAAAAUAUUGUAUGACAUUAUGCUUAAGUGCUGGCAACGGACUCCGGAGGAUCGUCCAACUUUUAAAGAUCUUUAUUCAAACCUCCAUACAAUCUUGAGCGAGUCCGCGGUCAGUUAUAUCAAUAUUACACACUUUGAAGAAAAGAUAAAUGAAAUGGAUGAAGCGGGGACCUUGAACUGUAUUAUCUGACAAAGACUCUGGAGACGCGGUUACACCAAAGUAAGCUCGGUAGACCGCUGAUAGAACGGCUUGAGGGCCUUGAUCAGGCAACGCUGUUACAUUCGGCCAAGAAUCGGCAAACUGUGAAUGACUAUGCGAUAUACCAUUCCAUAAUAUGACUUGUUUUGUUCUCAAAGUGAAGUUUGUUAAAAUGGAAAAUAGCCAAUAAGUCUAACUAUUCCUUAACUUCCGAUUUGAACUGUCCGAUUACAAUAAAUUUCUCAUCGAUCGAAGAGGUCUAAUCGGAGAGUCAAAACCCCAAUUGAAACACUCAAUGCUUUUUAAUGUCAAUGAAUUUUAACUAAUUCACUAAGAAUGCUGGCCAUUUUAAAUCAGAUAUGUCCAUUGUCAGCUUAGAAAAAAGCCUGAAUUAUUUAACAGGAAUUAUAGCUACUACUCCAGAUUGUUUCCUUUGGAUUUUGACAACCUUUUCAUUUGAAAUGAAAGGAAACUAUCUGAAUUUGCCAUUUUUCCUUGUGGAUAUUUUGUUGCGAGGAGCUUUGUCUUGUUUUGCUGAAGCCUGACCAUGGAUAAACACCUCAUACCCAAUAAAAGAGAUGUAAGCUAUUCAAUUUGUUUCCAUCACUUACUUAUUGAAUUUUAUGGUUGAAUUGAGCAGCUCAACGAAUUCUUAAUCGUUUUUGUUUAGACAAAUAUGCUAAUUUACUCUCCUUUAUAACUCGUGAUAUGUAUUGUUUUUAAUCAAUAAAGACACUAUACGUAUUAUUAUAAAUAUAUUAUAUCUUCAUCAUAGUUUUUCCAAAAACGAGGUGACGACCUCCGCAUAUUCCCGUAGAUGUUACGAUGAAUUCCGUAGGUUGCCUAAUAUCUUGUCGCCGUAUUGAAAGUUGACCUUAUAACUCGUUCUUCGGGAAUUAAAAGUGGCAUUUAGUGAACUCAGUGGACGAUUUUAUUAGAAGAAAGAAUUUAGCAUUCAACCUCUAUGGAAACUG